CCAAUAAGGAAGAACCCGUUGGAAAGUUCUUCCCAGGUAUUUGGAUCCCAUCCAAUGAGUGAAGACAGAAAGAUAAAACUUAUGACAGAUUCUCAGGUGCAAACAGUUCCCAUACCAAGGAGUCGAGAGGAGGUUUUAAAAGAUCUGGUCAGGAGUGACACUCAGGAUGGAGUAUCUUCCACUGCUGGCCAGGAACGGACUAUGCCUAUGCUAAAUAAAACUGACUCUUGGUCUUGCAUGAGUUCUCAGGAAUGUGAGACAAAAGGUGAAAAACAUGGUCUGCAACAUCCUGAAAACAACUAUGUUCCCGAUACUGUUGGUGUUACAACAAGCUGUAAGAAAGAAGAGGAGAAACAUGUCAACAGUUCACAGGGUUCCUGUCAAAAUGGCAAAGAUGCGGAAAAGGUGGAGGACAAAAAUGUGGAAGGUAAAGUUUUUUCCACCAGUUUCUUUAGCUUUGGACAAAAGGCGCAAGAUGAAGGGAGUGCCUCUUUGAUCAACCAGCUCUCUAGUGGAUUUGGGAAGCUGUCCAAGUUAAAAAGUUGGGUUGGUGACAGUAUAGCCUCUACAGCAAUGCAAAUCACUGGAAGAAAUGGCGAGAAGACUACAGACUCUAUGGACCAGCAACAAAACCAGAAUAUUUCAGAACACUGUGCCUCAGAAACUGUGUCAACAGAUGAACACUCAGGUGAUAGUCCAUUGUCCUCAGGAUACUCAUCCUCACAUGGGAGAACAGUACAGCAUGGUCUGCCAAAUCCACAGCUCUCUCAAGCCCCUGUUAAUGAACCACCCUUCACAGCUACUUACGUCACUGUACAAAGUGUAAGUCCACGCGGCACUCUGUUUCAUUUACUUCAAAAGCCAGAAGAAAUAGCAAAAAGUGAUUCCAUUUCCUCAACAGGUAAUCCUAAAUCAUCAGAGACUUCUCAAGUUAGGUGCCAAAAAGAGAAAACAGGACAGGAGUUCCAGGUACCACAGACCACCCUUACUGAGCCAGUGCCACAGGAGACGACAUUGCAAGUGGUACACCAUGUGCGCCACACACGCCCAGUCCAAAGGAAAGGAAUGAGACGAUCUGCCUCUCUGCCCAGACAGGCCCACUUGGCCUCUUCAGAACCAAGGUCAGUACACGGACAUGUACAUAAUGUUGGAGUGGUCACAUCUACCUCACAAGAACAGCUGCAAAGACUUCCAAGGAAGGGCAUCCUUCAUCAAAAACAGCACGUAUGUGACGUGCCCUUCCAGAACUCUGAGCUAUGGAGAAGAAGGGGGUCCAACUGUGUGCACGUCGACACUCAGGAAAUAAUAUCUAGUGAUGCUGCAGCAUCGGAUGACUCCAAGAUGUCAUAUUCUACAAAACGACAAAAACAUGUCACAUACAGUCCUUAUGUACAGAGGAAAAUCAUUUCCCCCAGACAUUCUCCGAAGGAUAGGCCAAAGUUUGUCAUCCCUUUUCUUGUUGAGUAUGAUGACAGUACCAGUACCAGUGAGGAAGACUUACAAACAAUGUACAGUAAGUCCUCUGCCUCUGCUCAAGGCAAAGGUUAUGAUCAGAGAGGUCAUUGUGCAAGCCAAAAACCAAGAAGUAGUGAAAUGACAGCUGGACAAAAAAAGUUGUCUUCCAACUCUAGUGAUAGUCCCCAGGCAUCCUCAGGUUUAUCAAAAAAGACAAGCAGUAACUCUACUGAUGGAGUUUUGCCAUUAGAUCACAGACAGGCAUCUGCAAACUUUCUACAGGUUCCAGGAACUGUACCUUCUGUAAGACCAAAAGUCAGGUUGAGACUUGGUGAUGAGGACUCUUCUGCGGGAAGAAGACACUCUAGAGAAAAAGGCUCCAUGCAGCAAUCAGGCAGACAAAGCAGGAAGAAAUCCCUCUCUCCGAGCAGACAGGCCGUUAGUUCUGAAGAUGACCCUUGUAUGUAUAGAGUGCAGAUACCGCCACAAGUGGAGAGAAAGUCGAGAGAAAUGGAAUCAGUGCGUCACCCAAAAAACAGGGCACAGGUUUCAAUGCCUGAUGAGGUUGAUUUCGUAUCAUCACAUCCCUUGGAAAGUGCUGCCAUUGGGAAAAGUAGGAAGGAUCAAACACUUGGAGUUGAUAAAACAGCAGAGACCAGACAUGGUAAGGCUAGGCCUCCACAUCUGGAACAAAGCAUGGGAAGAGAUGGGACAGGUGAUGUAGCGCCAGGGACUAAGGAUAGAGAGAAAUUGCAGAGAAGAAACAGCAUGGGGAGGAGUAGAAGAGAUAGAACAGUAACCAGUGCAUCAGGGGACAAAGACGUGUACUUGAAUUCUCACUCAAAGCAUAGUAGAUAUCAGCAUCGAAGCAGGAGCAUGGACAGAGACAAAACGGGUAAGACUGAUGACAGAACAUCGUGGACCAAAGUCAGUGAGGAGAGGCCAUGGCAGCAACAUGGAAGCCACAGUCCGAGGAUCACUAAAAGGGAUGGGACAUCAGAGACUGUUAGGGUGAAGUCAAGGCCUCUACAAUGGCAACAAGACAUGCCCAAUGCUGCCAGUAGGAGAAGCAGGAGAGAGGACAACACUGCAGAAAUGGGAAAGAUUCUCUUCUGGAGUCAAGUAGCUGCCAAAUCACCUCAGCUCAAGCCCAGAAUCAUCCAUUCACCUCAACAAAUCUACGGGACUGCGUACCAGGUGGAGGAGGAGACGUCCUCAGACAGUGAUGACGAAGUGUUGCAGCAGUACAAACGCUCCAUGAGUCAGCACUCCGUCCGCAGCAAGGCCAGCGUCCGCUCACAAAGGUCCAAGAAGGCCGAGAAGUUGGCCAGCCCUAUAGAAAAACCAGAAGCAGAAGCUGCUUACCAGCCCAUAGAUGAGCCCGAUCGUGAGCCCGAUCGUGACUACCAUCGACCAACCAGAGCCAAGCCCGAUGACCCGUACUCUCGGCUGGAGAAGGGCGAGCCAGAGGAGGAGAUUGUGGAGAGUGACUUUGAGCACGACCACGACCAUGCAGCCUACCUGGAGUAUGAAGAGGGCCUGGACAAUGAGGCCUACGACAGCGAGGGGGCAAAUGGAGCUUACGGAGACCAAGUGUCCUACCAUUCCCAAGAGAAGCGCAAAAGACUGAAAUCUCGGAGGCAUCGACCAGAAGGCAGGAGUAUGGCCUCUGAGCUGAACAAGGAGGGACGUGGUGGAUUGUCGUCCGGCGAGGAAUCGGUGGCGACAUUUUCAGGGGAAGUUGUGAGUGCGGACGAAAUGUCUGUCAUAAGUUCAGCACCAGAUCCCAAUUGGAAAAAUAAAGCUCAGGAUAGAGGAUACUAUGAUGUUGACCAGCCCUAUGAGGAAGACAGUCAGCUCAUCUCCAAGUGUGGUGUGCUGGAGGUGGCGUUUGCAUACGAUGCACCAAAUCGCAAGAUGACAGUGUCCAUCGUCCAGGCACGGGAUGUGCCAUCCAAGGAUCGAGGAGGGACCGGUGGAUAUCAGGUGCACAUGGUGCUGCUGCCCACCAAGAAACAGCGCUGUAAGACUAAGGUGCGACAGGGCAACAACCCUGUCUUCAAGGAAUCCUUUCGCUUCUCAAGAGUCAACCAAAACGAGCUGCCUGACAUGGGCGUACGCUUUCGGCUGUAUGCCUGUGAGCGGAUGAAGAAGGAACGGCUGAUCGGGGAGAAGCUUGUUGGCUUCAGUAACCUCAAGUUGGACCAACGGGAGAGCAUGGCGGUGACACUACCGCUGGAGCCAAGGAGCAACCUCAGUGGAGGAGACUCCCAGUUCAGCCUGUCAGGACUGUCCAGAAGUGACAGUGGAUCGUCCAGCCAGUCCCUGACCCACGCGGGGGGCGUGCCGGAGCUGCUGGUAGGUCUGGCCUACAACGCCACGACAGGACGGCUGUCGGUGGAGGUCAUCAAGGGCAGCCACUUCCGCAACAUGGCCAUGAACAGAGCACCAGACACUUAUGUGAAGAUAUGUCUGAUGGCUUCUAAUGGCCAAGAGCUGUCCAGAAGCAAGACGUCCAUCCGCCGUGGCCAGCCCAACCCUGUCUACAAGGAGACCUUCAUCUUCCAGGUGGCACUGUUCCAACUGUCAGAUGUCACGCUCAUGUUCUCUGUCUACAAUAAACGGGGGAUGAAACGGAAGGAAAUGAUUGGUUGGUUCUCUCUCGGGUUAAACAACAGUGGUGAGGAGGAGCUGAACCAUUGGCAGGACAUGCGGGAGUCUAAGGGGCAGCAGGUCUGCAGAUGGCACGUGCUUCUGGAGUCAUGAGUGAGCGGCUCCUGAUCGCAGAUGCACACUUUCCUCCAGCUCAGUCUGUGCCCCCUGGAAUUCUCUUACAACCUUCUUUGGUUCAUCAGAAAAGCAUCAUAUAGUUACAGCAUACCUGCCAAAAGGAAGUCUGAUCAAAUCUCCAUAGCUGAUCCAGGUUUAAGUUUCCUAUGUCUAGAUUUUAAAGGAAGCAAAAGUGUUCAAACUAUCUACAGAUCUGUAGUCAUGUUCCUUUAAUGCACCCUUGUAAGCUACAUUGCACUUUAUAAGUGAUGAAAAAAUACGAUAUUAACCUUCCUGAACUUUCCAUGAAAAUGUGACAAUGGGUGCAGCCGUAGAUACGUCACUUGGUCCAAAAGUGAUUUACUCUCAGAUAGCAUUACGUUUUAUAUGUAAGUAUUUAAAAGAUGAUAAUUUAUUGGAAACUUACAUUUAAGAUUCCUCCGUAUUUGUGACAAAAUGUCCAAGAAAUUAUCCUUCUUGUGUGCUAUUUAAGUUAAAUAGAUAAAACCAGAAGUGAUGGAUGAAUCAUGUGAAAAAUUCUUUAUUGAACAGCUCUCAUACAGCACACGAAGGUAGUGCAUUACAUAUAACCAAUGGUAAAGCCUUGACAGUGACAUAGGUAUACAUGUAUAUCAGUCUAUGACAAUGGACUAGCUGAACAUACUAACCACUAGAAGUCAAUGUGAAUGAAAAAUAUAAUAAGAUUGCCUUGUCUGCUACUAAACAAGAUGAUACAUGUGAAUUGCCCUCUUAGUAGAGGUAGCAAGAUGUUAUUCUCUAUAACAAGAUAGUGUACAGUCAUUUAUUAUAUGAGGCCACGCCAUCUAAUAGUAUAUGGUUUGAUUUGGGAUUUUGAUACUGCUUACGAUAUAGACGAGUAUUACGUGAAGAAGAAAUGGAGCUAAAGAGCGAGAAAUAAGAAAGCAUGACUAGUGGUGUACAAGUCAACUUAGGACACAAAAUUUGUUGAAAAAGGGUUAUGUGAAGAAAGGAGGUAUAGGUACAUAUACAUGAAGGAAGUGCAUUGAAAUUAAUUCCUGUGAUUGUCCUUAUGUUAUGGAGUCCAAUGUGAUGUUAAAAGAUAGUUGAUAUACAGGACAGUAUGAUUUAUUACAACCAUGUUAAGCAAAACAAAGUUAGAGAAACAAAUCCUCAAGCCAAAUCAUGAUUACAUUGUUGGUGUGGUCAACUCACUAAUUCACUUCAAGAAGAAAAGUAACAGAGAGUAACUAUGAUAAAUAUACAAUAUGUAUUCUGCACCAAUCUUCUCAGCCAUGCCACACAACUAGGCACAUGACUAGUAUUAGUAUUAAUACUAAUUAAUACAGUAGAAAUGGCAGCAUUGGUGAGAGCGUAAAAUAAAAACGUAUUUAAUUGUUAUAUGUAUAUAGUGUAAGGUGUACAUUUUACUAUAUUGUGUAACAAAUUAGACUUAAGAGAAUCAAGUGAUACCCUCACAUGGACGUUACAAGGCCAUGUUGUGUAGAUUAAAUCUGAAGAAAAUUAUGAUAUAUAAUAUAGCUGCUGAUAUGAAUCCUCAAAUGAAUUACAUCAUGUAUGUUGAACACAGCAUGUUUUCAUUUUAAUGUAUUUUACAAAUGAAUGUUAGAUUAUUGUCCCUGAAAGUGUAGAGACUGAGAUAGUGAGUUUUAUCCCUGGCACAGAAAAUGAUUGUAAAAGUGAGAUUUUUGGUUUGCUACAUGCUGAAAUAUUGGUUGAAGACAUGGUUAUAUGGCACCUGUGGGGCUGCCCAAUUAAAGUGCUAAAUAAAUUAUAUGUUCAAACUUAUUAAGGAGGAAAAAUGACCUCUUUACACUAAAUAAACACUAAUUAAAGCAAAACAUGACUAUAAACAUGCACAUCCUGAAAAAAAAAUGCCAGCAGAAAUUCUGUACUGUUCUUUUCAUAUUUCUGUACUUGUGGUAUAUUUUGCAUGCUUGUAUGUGUGUGAAUUUGUUGGAACAUGUGUUGUUUGUGUGUGAAGAUCUCAACAUGGAUGAAGUUCCAUGAAAUAGCAAACUAGUGUGUUUUAACUUUUUAAGAGAAUCCUUUCAAUAUGAAUUUUAUUACAUUCCAUGGCCUACAAAGAAGUCAUUGUUUAACAAGGCAUAUAACGUUAUAUCUAAGGGGGAUUCAACAGCAGAAGCAAGUGUUCUGGUAUAAUUACAGAUACUAUUUUUACUGAAUCAAACAAAAUAUUUGGCAACUUGACAUUGAAUUUGACAGCAGUUGCAAUACAUGUGUAUUCUGAUAUCCUCCUGACUACCCUCUUAUUCUAUAUUCUGAUAUUGUCAUAACUACAGAUAAAAUUACAGUCAGGUGCACCAUAUUGUAUGAAAAAUUAAUUUUCCUAGAGGUGUCAAAUAUUCUACAUUUAUUACUCUUUUAUACCAUACAAUUUUAUCAGUAAAGACCCCUAAGAGCUGUUUUGACCAAAAUUUGUAUUUGUUGUGAGGUUACUUGCAUUGAAAUAUUCUUUGGAAACUUGAAUGGCAUUUAUACCCACAAUGCAAAGGAGAUUAAUAUCCUUUUCACUUGUACGAAUACUACCCAUUCAUUUAUCCAAAACAUUUUAAACCCUCUUUUUAAACACACAGUUCUUCAAAGUGGCAGAUAUACUAUUUAACCUUGCAGAAGAGUUGUAAUGAGGGUGAAGACAGAUCUGAAUAUUACGACUGCAGGACACAAGUGAUUACCUUAUAGUGUUUACAUUGUUUAACGGAGUGUGGUGAUUUGCAAGUCAUUAAAAAUGCUACGAACCUUGAUUACCCAGUAAGUAAAGCAGAUCGAACCUGAAUUGGAAUGCUUGAGACCAAAUGUAAGUUAUUAUGUAACACUUAGCAUGCUAAAUGAAUAUGGUAAUGACAAGGAUACACAUGAUACAAGAACAGCUAUGAGUACUGUGAGCUUAUGUGGAAAAACUCCAUUUUUAGAUAAAUGACUUAAAGAAUUGACUUUGAAGAUGAUUAUUUAAGUUAUGACUGUUUUUUUUACAGGAGACUGCUUUUUCUGUGAGUGAGGAAAACAACAUUGAGUGUUAAUAUAAUAAAGCAAUGCUACAAACCUA